AUGGUUGCACAAACACAAUCCGAUUAUUGGGCUCAAACUUCGUUAUCCAUGGUGGACAAAGUGAUCGACAAUGAUUAUCAGUUAUUAGAAGAAUUAGGUCAUGGAUCUUAUGGAUGUCUAUUCUUGGGACAAUCCUUAACCGACAAUACAUACGUUGCUAUCAAAGUCCUUAGUAAACUUGGUUUGGAUAAUCAACAAUUGGAAUUACAACAACUAGAAAUUGAUAUUCAAGCCUCUCUCAAACAUCCUUAUCUUCUUGGUCUUGAACGUGUCAUUCAUGAAAAGAAUCAUGUCUUUAUGGUGAUGGAACUUUGUGAUCAAGGUGAUCUAUUUGACUUUGUCGUGCAACAAGAUAAAUCUGAUGAAAAUGUGGUCAAAUCUUCUUUUAUUCAAAUAUUGGAAGCCGUGGAACAUAUGCAUGCUCAAGGUGUUUAUCAUCGUGAUCUCAAAUUGGAAAAUGUCUUGCUCAAAUCUGAUAAUCAUGAUGAUGAUUGUUCUACUUUUACUUGUAAAGUCGCUGAUUUUGGUUUAGCCACUCGUGAACGUUACUCUUUAGAAUUUGGUUGUGGUUCUACUACUUAUUUGGCUCCUGAACAUUUUGAUGAUGAUCAUCAUACAACUACUACUACUUCAACAAAAGCUACUGACGGUGAUACAACGGAAUUGGUACCCUAUGAUGCAGCUGCCUCUGAUGUAUGGAGUGUUGGUAUUUUAUUAUUGGCCUUUUUAUUUGGACGUAAUCCUUGGCAAGAAGCUACCAGUAUGGAUCCAUCUUUUGUUGAAUAUCGUCGUGAUCCUUCUAUACUCAAAAAUCAAUUAUUUCCUACCUUAUCUCCUGCUUGUGCUCAAUUCCUACAAAAUGUCUUGACUGUUGAUGGUGCUGAUCGUCCUUCUAUCACUCAAGUCAAAGAACAAUUUCUCAAACUGGAUCGAUUAUUGAUCAAUGAUGAAGAUGAUGAUGAUGAUUUGUUAGAUGAUGAAGAUUGGUAUUUGGAUGCAAGAUUACCUGUGGAUAUUCCUAUAGUACCCAAGUCUUCCAACAAAGCAAGUUUCGAUUCGGCCAUCUUCAGUGCUGGUGUAGUCUCUCUUACAAGCAGUGGUAUGUCUUGGUCUGAUAUGGUUGAAGAAGAUUUCCAAAAGGCGGAUUCUCAUGGCUAUUCUUCUCUAUCGUCUUCCAUCAUUGAAGAAGAAGAUGAACAAGAAGAUUAUGAUGAUACUGACAUGUUUGUCCAUAGUCAAGAAAAAGGUUCUUGGUGGCUCUAG